GCCGGAAAUGCAAGAGGUUGACUGAGCAGAAGAGGGGGGCUGCCACUGUCUCCACCUCAGUUUAAUAAUAAUAAUAAAGACAUCUGGGAAGGUGUGACAAAAGAAAGAGUACGAAGUGGACUUCUGGACAGCAUGCCGGAAGCACCACUCACCUUACCGGUCCUGAUCCGGACAAUACGGAGCGCACGGACCCAAGCGGAGGAGCGGGAUCUGGUCCAUCGAGAAAGCGCCAAGAUCCGGGGAGCCUUUCGAGGGGAUGAAUCUGACACCCGGGCCACCAAUUUAGCCAAGUUGCUCUAUAUCCACAUGCUGGGCUAUCCUGCCCAUUUUGGACAGAUGGAGUGCCUCAAGCUCAUUGCCUCCCACCGCUUCCACGAAAAACGAAUCGGCUACCUUGGCGCCGCCCUCCUAUUGGACGAGAAGCAAGACACUCACCUGCUCCUGACCAAUAGCAUCAAGAACGACCUUCUCCACUCCAGCGCCUGGGUUCAAGGCUUGGCUCUCAGCACCCUUGGCUCCCUGGGCUCAGCAGCCAUGCUCCGGGACUUGGCUGGGGAAGUGGAACAGCUGGCCAAAAUGGGGCAACUCUCCGUGCGGAGGAAGGCCGUGGUUUGUGCUGUACACAUUAUCCGGAAGGUCCCCGAUCUCACAGAUGUGUUCAUCUCACUUGGCGAGCAGCUCUUGACCGAACAGACAUAUGGCAUUUUGCAUGGGACCAUCAUGUUAGUUGCAGAGAUGUGUGAACAAAGCCCACAAGCCCUUGAACACUUCUGCAAGCAUGUGCCGCAGGUGGUGGGGGUCCUGCGUAACCUGGUGGUGGCUGGAUACUCUCCAGAUCACAGUAUUUCAGGAAUCAGCAAUCCUUUUCUACAGGUACAGAUCCUGAGACUACUAAGGAUCCUGGGGCAAGACAACGAAGACACCAGCGAGGCCAUGAAUGAUACCUUGGCUCAGGUGGCCACCAACACAGAGACAACACGAAAUGUGGGCAAUGCCAUCUUGUAUGAGACAGUUCUUACAAUCAUGGGUGUGCAGUCAACCAGUGGACUGCGGGUUCUUGCUGUAAAUAUCCUUGGGCGGUUUCUCCUCAACAAGGAUCGAAAUAUCAGAUACGUGGCUCUAACAUCUCUUCAGAAAUUGCUGCAAGCUGAGAACAGUGCUGUCCAGAGGCACCGAGACACAGUCCUGGCAUGCCUGACCGAUCCUGACCCAACUGUGAAGAGGCGAGCCCUGCAACUUAGCCUGGCCUUGGUGAACAACAGCAAUGUGAGGACCAGUGUGAAAGAACUUCUAUCCUUCCUCAACACCUGUGCCCCAGACCUGAAAUCAGACUGCGCUUCUGGAAUAUUCUUGGCUGCUGAGAAGUUUGCACCCAACAAGCGUUGGCACAUAGACACCAUUCUCCAGGUUCUGACCAUGGCUGGCUCCUAUGUGCGUGACGACUCAGUGCCCAACCUCAUCUGUCUAAUUGGAGGUGCCAAGGAACUUCACAGUUACGCUGUGCAGCAGUUAUACAGCGCACUGGCCCAGGAUAUCUCUCAGCAACCCUUAGUCCAAGUGGCCAUCUGGUGCAUCGGUGAAUAUGGCAACUUCCUUCUGGAAGGCAGCUGUGAAGAGGUGGAGCCCAAGCAAGUUAAUCCGGAGGAGAUGCUGUCCCUUUUGGAACAGGUGCUCCAGUCACACCUGUCCCUGCCGGCCACCAGAGCCUAUGCCCUCACUGCCCUCAUGAAGCUUGGGACCCAUCUCCAAGGCAAUGAUGUCAACCGGAUCCGGAGUUUGGUUUCCAUUUAUUGUAGCUGCCAUGACAUUGAACUACAGCAGCGAGCGGUGGAAUAUAAUGCUCUCUUCCGAAAGUAUGACCACCUCAGAGCAUCUGUACUAGAGAAGAUGCCCAUAGCAGACAAAUCUGGCUACAAUGAGGGAGAAAGUGAAAAAGGACAGAAUGGAAGUGGGGAUGUUACGCCUGGCAUCCUGGAGGUGGCACCAUCCACCAGUGCCAGCCAGCAAGACAAAUCUGACCAGGUCUCAGAUCUACUGGAUCUCCUUGGAGGACCUGUAGAUGCCUCUCUAGACCAAACUAGUAUAAUCGCACCAUCAGCAAGCUCCUUCCUUGACUUCCUUGGGGAUCUAAACCCCACAGCUCCCGCACUCCCCCGUAUGACGGUGUAUGAACAAGACGGACUACUGAUUGAAUUUUUGAUGGAGCGUCCCGUGGUGGAACCCACCUUGUUGCUGAUCACGGCCACGGUAUCCAACCAAACACCGGACGACAUCUCCAGCUUCACUCUCCAAGUUGCUGUCCCCAAGUCCUUCCAGGUGGAGCUCUUGCCCCCCAGCGGUUCUACAGUCCCUGGCCAGGGCAGACCCCCUCUCACGCAGGUCAUUCGAGUGUUGAACCCAAAGAAGCUACCACUCCGGAUGAGGCUACGGCUUGCCUACACCCUUCCCUCUGGGGCUGUGGUACAACAGAUUGAGGAGAUCAACUCAUUCCCAGAAACUGCUUGGAAAUGAACAGCAGCUAACCCAUGGUACUGUGCUCUCUGCCUCUAAGAUAGGCUCCCCCACAAGAGGCUCUCCAAAUUCAAGAGAAAAAAAAAAGUAUUGCAGUUAUAUUCACACACACCCUCCAUUCAGAGGGCAUCAUUGCUGCUCCACCUGGGUGCCCCUAUUAAUAUACACACACUUUCAAAUUAGGGAAGGCUAGGUGUCCCAGUGGGUGGGUUAUGGAAAAGGGGGCCUGGAUCUCUGAGUUAGUAAAGUUCUGGGAGAGACAGGGAUGCAAAAGUCCUUCAACAGACAGAUAACAGUAAAGUCAGGCAUGACAGCCAAGGCAGGACGAGACAAUGGGGUGGGGGGGGAAGGGAAGAGAGAAGUAGGAAAUCCCCAUCUCCGCCAACUCUCUUUUUUCUCUCCCUCUUCACUCCCAGCUGCUGGGAAAUCAAUUCAAUUGAUCAGCUAGACAGGGAAAUCCACAACAACUGAGCGAGACUAAAUGGAAAUCAAUGAAGAUAAAGAGUAGGGGGGAGGGAAGGAGAACCCGCCAAUAAAAGCCAUCACAACAUUACCAGUCCCUCUUCAUUGGUGGAUUCGGUUUCAGUGCCCUGAGAAUCUCAUGCCAAUGCAGAGAUGCCCAAGCCUCAGUUCCUGCUGCAUAAAACAGGGCUGCCAGUGUCCUUGCUUGCACUCCCUCUCCAGUAAAAGUGUUAAGACUCACUAAAUGGAGCCAGAGAGAGGGUCUUGUUUUUCUCUCUGGACAGGACCACAGAAGGCCUGGAGAUAAUGGGCCUGAACA